AUGAAUAAAAAAAAAAAAACUAAGCUGUUCAAUAUGUUUUGCCCUUGACAAAAAACCCUACAACAGCUCGCAUUUUGACAGUAGAAUUGUGAUGACAACAGAAGAAGAGAAAAACACACACAAAAGAUAAAUCAUCAAUAGCCGACGAAAACUCACAAAUCGCGAGAACGCAAUUUUUUGGCCUGUUUUGUAAGUAAAAGUUGGACAAACCGGGAUAAUGACUAUCGUAUAAAACACUGCUGAUUAACUAGAUCAUAUUGCUACACGAUGGAAACACCGUUUGAAGGAGGUGAUGUUUUCGACCUAUCGUUGGAAGAUGAGUACCUUUCUCCAGCGAUGUUCGAUAGUGUUCCCCUAUGCGCGGGGUUCGAUGAUUUCGUAUCGAAUGAAUUCCGGCCUCAGACGAACCAAUCCAGCUACAUGAAUACAGUCAACGCGUUUGGAAUGGACGAGUCGGACAACGGGAGCUAUGGCGCAAUGAUCAAUCCCGACGACUUCCUGAACGAUGUUUCGUGCGAUUCAUCGCACUCGCUUUCUAAUCGCAAUACCCCAUCACCAUCCGAUAGCCAGAAAAGUUACGAUUCUGUGCCUUCGUCCGGUGGGUUUGACCGGUGCCACGUCGUACCGAUGCAUUUGGACAGUCCACCCAUUUCACCACCAGCAUCGACCAUUUCGACGGAUAGUACGAGUACGGUGCAGUCUAACAGUGGGCCCCGUCGUUUGAAAAUCACCCCUAAAAGUAUCAGUUCCUCGUCGAGCAGUACUAAAACGAUCACCAAGAAAACGAUCGUUCUGUCGGCGAAGGAUUAUCGUGCGCUGUUGGCAAAUAUGCAACGGCAACCAUCGAGCAAUACGAUCAUUCUAAAAGCAACACCAACAAACAAACUCCCUAUUGGAGCUACGGCUGUGAAACAACCAUUGCCAAAUGCACCGCACGCGGUAAAACAGGAAGCACCCUUCGUUUUACCGAAGCCAACGGAAAUCGUUAGGAAGGAGGAAUCAAAGCAUGAAACUACACCACCGGCAGCUAUAAAAGAAGAACCUACCUGUCUGCCUGCCAAAAGUUUUAGUCCACUUACCGUGCCUAUGAUGCUUGCGGCAGGAACCAGCCUCAAAGAGCAUACCAUCGACGAGAAGCUGCUCAAAAAACAUCAACGCAUGAUUAAGAACCGCCAAUCAGCUUACGAAUCGCGUCAAAAGAAGAAAGAGUAUGUUACCUCGUUGGAAGAAAGGCUCGAUCAGCUAUCCAAAGAGAAUCAGCAGCUUAGGGUGGAAAAUGCAAAUCUUUUGGAAAGGUUGAAAAUGCGCUGCACUUGCGCAGCCAACACGCUGCUAGUGGGACACUCAUCCGGGAAGCAGGUGACACCAACUGCCCGCAAGAAUGCGGCGAUCGUGUUGGCCAUGUUGUUUAUGGUUUCCCUAAAUUUUUAUCCUAUCGGCAAUCUUCUUACUAACAACGAUCGUGUAGAGCUAAAUCAAAUGUCCGCUAACCGGGAGUACCAUUCCCGUGGACUCCUGUGGAUAAAUGAGUCUAGUAAGCCGAACGACCGCAGUCGAUCCAAGCCCUUCCGCGUUAACUUAACGGCGAUCGAUGAACUGGAAAAGGAAGACUCACUCGAAACGACGUUACCCGCCACCGAGUGUCCUUUCUACGUAAAUCAAACGGAAAACAUACGACUAGCGAGCGAACUCCGGCGGUGGAUUGGAGAGAAUGGUUACAAAAAUCUUACCGACGGCAAGGGCCAAGCGGACGUUACCAUUGAUACGUUUGACAAAAUGUUCCGCCUGAAGGAUACGAUCGAUUCCAUCUAUCAGCACAUGAAAGACAUUAGCCUGCAGAUGAAGACGUACGAGCGUCGGCAAAAGCUAGCCCUGAACGGAAAGAAGUUGGCACGCAAUCGGCAGCGUAAGGCUGUAUCCGGAGCGCGGGAAGUGGUUUCCUACCGCGGAAAAGUACCAAACCAACACGAGCUUGAUCUGUACUAUCCCAAGGUGCACGUGAAAUAUGCGGAAUUUUUCGAAGAAAUCGGCCGCCGUGAUGAUACAUUCUAUUUGGUGUCAUUUAGCGAGGAACACCUGCUGCUGCCUGCUCUGGCUUACAACAAAACCAACCGACCACGGAUGUCGCUGAUGCUACCAACCGUGACCACACCCGGUACACCGAUGAGCAACGGAACGAAUCGAUCGGACAAGAUAACGCUCAUGCAGAUCGACUGCGAGGUGAUGAACACAUCCGUCAUUCAGAUACGCGAAAAAAUGAUACCGGGAGACUUACGACCCGGGCAGGGCAGUGAAACACCGAAGGGUGGAUCGAGUGGUUAUGGCAGUCGUAACGCAACUAAUGCCGAAGCGAACGGGCAUCGUUCUAGCGGCAGGGCCACUGGUGCAAGCUCGACGGGUAGUCGAUUAGUACGCAGCAAUUCAUCCACUACGACUCAUGCCACGGACGGUGUGGAGGAAAUUCACCAAAAGCAGGACAGUGUACAGCAUCAGCAUGUACCGAUUAGGCCGUUCUUUGUGGAGCGCAUGAACGAACAUCUGAAGAGUGAACAUCAUGUAAACUGAGCUUCAUGCUGUAGUUGGAAGUGGACAGAGCAUGCAUUUAGAGACUCCUUUUAAGCAAUAAGUUAUCGCAGUCGAUCUCAACACGGAAGGAACAUUUGAAACUGAGUGGUGUAAUCCACAUGCCUAACACCUGCUUAACUUGCGCUAUUUAAUCUUUAGCUUAUUAUUGACUGUUUUUGUUUUGGGAACGAUAUCAUUGCACGAAUGUUUACUGGUGUUGUUAGGUUUCGAACUGGUUACUGAUUCGUUUUCCAUUCAUUCCACAUUGUUACUAUGUAAACGCAAUUUUCUUCUUUUUUACUGUUUUGUUGUGGCAUAUUAAAAAGCAACGACGUCAUGAGAGCAAAGGACGUCAUGAACGUUUUUAAUUGCAAUAUUUAACAUAAGUAAUCGACUGCAAACACCUACAGGCAGCGCAAAUAGGUAGUACAUCUAGAUAGUUAGAACUAAACCAUGUUUAGGUGCAAUCGUAGGUAACAUAGUACUUUAAUUAAAGUUAGCAAUUCUUCUUGAUAAAGUUUGCAUUUGGAACACAUAUCUGUGUUAACCAUAGAGCAAUGGCCAAUAUGAAUUUCUUUACCUUUUCGGCAUAAUGUAAACGUAGACUGACACUACUAACUAUCGAUCAGUUUGAAAAAAAAGCAACAAACGAAAGAUCUUCAAACAACAAUUCAGUUUCUAGUGUUGCGUGAGUAAUGUUGUUUUCUUUUACAUAGUAUACCGCGUAUUUUAGUGAUCAAUGUUGUAAAACUGACUUUUUCUUUGAAUAAAAUAAAUCCAACAGCUGGAAUAAUGAA